AUGAUUGAAAUACUAAUUAUAAUGAACUUGAGCAGAAUUUGGCGCGGUCACCAAGUUUACCAACAAGUUUGUGCUUCUUGCCAUUCAAUGUCUCUGAUUUCAUAUCGAGAUCUUGUUGGUGUAGCAUACACUGAAGAGGAGACAAAGGCUAUGGCAGCUGAGGUUGAGGUGGUUGAUGGGCCAAAUGGUGAAGGUGAAAUGUUCACACGUCCUGGUAAAUUAAGCGAUCGUUUCCCUCAGCCAUAUCCAAAUGAACAAGCAGCAAGAUUUGCCAAUGGAGGAGCAUAUCCUCCAGACUUAAGCAUUAUCACCAAGGCACGACACAAUGGCCAAAACUAUGUUUUUGCCCUACUCACAGGAUAUCGUGAUCCUCCUGCAGGUGUUUUGAUUCCUGAUACUUCAAAUGCUCGCAUAGAUGAUGAUGAUGGAGCUGAAUCCCGUCCCUGAUACUUUGUAGAUUGUUUUUUAUGGAGUUUGAUAUGUAAAAGUACAUUGUAAUUCAUAACUUUUUAUGUAAAUUUAUAUUUCGAAUGAUCUAAA